CAAUGGGCUAGCCCGCCGCCGGUCGCGGGUCGGCGGUGUGGCCAUGGCAUGUGCAUGCAUGAUGCAGGAGGUCAAGUAGGACCAACCAAGAGUUGCUUGAGUUUGGUGGAAAUUAUGAGUGGCCAAGACAACGCAGAGGGUUUAUUACCUAAAGAAAUAGAUGAAGACGUUUUAAAGAAGGCAGAAGACCUUAAAAACAAAGCUAACGAUUACUUCAAAGCUCAGAAUUUCGAUCCUGCAAUUGAACACUAUAGCCAAGCAAUAGAAUUGAAUCCAUGCUGUGCAGCGUAUUAUGGAAAUAGAAGUAUAGCUUACCUGAAGACAGAAUGUUUUGGUGCUGCUGUAUGCGAUGCCGACAAGGCGCUGGAAUUAGACAGAACAUACAUAAAGGGUUACUACCGAAGAGCUACUGCAAAUAUGGCAUUAGGAAAGUUCAAAAUAGCUCUCAAAGAUUAUGAAACGGUGAUGAAAGUACGGUCUAGUGACAAGGAUGCCAAAGCCAAGUAUCAAGAGUGUAAGAAGAUAGUGCAGAUGAAAGCAUUUGAAAAGGCUAUCUCUGUGGACUCUGUAAAGAAUUCUAUAGUUGACUCAUUAGACUUAGCUAAUAUGAUUAUAGAGGAUGAAUAUGAAGGGCCUACAAUAAAAGAUGGACAAAUCACAUUAGAAUUUAUGAAGGCAACAAUCGAACACCUAAAGGAACAAAAGCGUUUACAUAGGAAGUAUGCAUACAUGAUUUUAGUAAAUGUAUAUAGCAUGUUAAAGAAGAUGCCAUCAUUAUGUGAAAUAACUAUACCAGAAGACACCAAGUUUACAGUGUGUGGAGACAUACAUGGCCAGUUUUACGACCUCCUCAACAUAUUUGAAAUCAAUGGCCUCCCAUCAGAACAAAACCCUUACUUAUUUAACGGUGACUUUGUUGAUCGAGGAUCCUUUUCAGUGGAAGUUAUACUGACAUUAUUUGGCUUCAAACUUCUUUAUCCUAACCACUUUUUCAUGGCCAGAGGCAACCAUGAAAGUGAAACCAUGAACCAGAUGUAUGGAUUCUUUGGUGAAGUCAAAUCUAAAUAUAACCCACAGAUGGCCCAGCUAUUUACAGAGGUUUAUAACUGGUUACCGCUAUGUCAUUGUAUCAACAAGAAAAUAUUGGUAAUGCAUGGUGGUUUAUUUAGUAAUGAUGAUGUAACAUUAGAAGACAUCAAAAAGGUUGAUAGAAACCGACAGCCACCAGACUCAGGGAUAAUGUGUGAAUUACUGUGGUCAGACCCACAACCCCAGAAUGGUAGAUCGCUGAGUAAGCGUGGUGUAGGGGUUCAAUUUGGACCAGAUGUCACCAAUAAAUUCUUGCAGAAGAACGAUUUGAAGUAUAUAAUCAGAAGCCACGAAGUGAAACCAGAGGGUUAUGAAGAGGCUCAUGACAAAAAAUGUAUCACUGUUUUCUCAGCGCCUAACUAUUGUGAUCAAAUGGGAAACAAGGGAGCAUUCAUUACAAUGUCUUCAGAUCUUACACCUAAGUUCACUUCAUACGAAGCAGUACCUCAUCCGAAGAUUCGGCCAAUGGCAUAUGCAAGCUCAUUAUUUGGUUUUAUGUGAAGCAUAUUGGACAGCUGUUGCAAAUUUAUAAUGGAAAUGAUUCACAAUUGAACUAAGCUGACUUGUUAAUGUGCGGUUUCAAUUGUAGCUGAGUGUUGCAAUACAUGCUAAUAGGUAUACAGCCAAUACACACUAAGCGACACCCAGCGACACAUCCAUAUGAACACUCGCAAUGGAUAUGUAUCAUGAAUGAGCAGUUUCAUCUGCUUCAUCUAUUGUAGCUGGGUGUUGCAAUGCAGGCCUAUGGGCAUACACCCCAAUAUACACUAAGAGACACCCAGAGACACAUCCAUACGAACACUCACAAUGGAAAUGUAUUGUGAUUAAACUGAGUUAGCAGUUUUAUGUGCUUUAUCAAUUGGAGCUGUGUGUUGUAACUCAACCCUAUAAGUAUACACCCUGAAACAUGCCAAGAAACAUACCAAGAGACACCCAUGCAGGCACAUGCAAUGGAUUAUGUCAUAAUUUAACCUCGUUAUAGGGUUUACCUGCCUAACACAACAAUGAAGGCAUACACCCUGAGACCCAUCAAGUGACACAUUCAGGGACACCCUUAUACAAGCAUUGGUUGGAACUGAUUCUAAUUAGACUUACUCGAGAGCUUUGCCUCCUUUAUCCAUUGCAGUUGGAUGUUGUUAAUAGAGAUACAGAGUGACAAACCCAGAAAAAAAUUUAUCAGGAGCUCUAAUUCCCAUUAUCAUUGUUUGUCAUUAUGAUUAUUGUUGCUAUAAUUUUAUUUUUUUUAACAUUAUUUAUUGGUGUAACUUUAUUGCGCAGCGUUGUCUGAGGGUCAAAGGCCCAAGCAGGGGGUGAGUAUGAGGGGGUGUUCCCUCCUCCCAAAACAAGAUUAAAAAAAAAAAAAAUUGGGACUUCUAGAUGGCCGGAAAUGGCUGGGAUGGGAAAACUAGGCCUAUUUUUUUUUCCUUUUGGUUUGCCUGUCCAACAAGCUUUGGCCAAUAGGGGCCUUGACCAAACCGGUGGGGGGUGGGGGCUUAAGACCCCCUGCCCCCUGCUGGCGCUGCCACUGGCCUUAUAAUAUACCAAACGUAUCCAUUUAAAAAUUAUUGCUCUGGGGGCACUGUUUGCUAAUUUUGUUCAUACAGAAUCAGACAUGCAAGAAGUAGAACCGACUCCUUUUUUGGGAGUAUUCCUGUUGUGCAACUAAAUGAAAACCUACAUUUAUACUCAUUGGGUACAGAGGCACAGUUAAAUGAGAACCUACUCAGGUGCCCAUUUAUCUCAUUGGGAACAGAGGCACAAUUAAAUUGGAACUUACUCAGGUGCCCAUUUAUACUCGUUGGGUACAGACGCACAAUUAAAUUAGAACUUACUCAGGUGCCCAUUUAUACUCAUUGGGUACAGAGGCACAAUUAAAUGAGAACUUACUUAGGUGCCCAUUUAUACUCGUUGUGUACAGAGGCACAAUUAAAUUAGAAGUUGCUCAGGUACCCAUUUAUACACAUUGGGUACAGAGGCGCAAUUAAAUUAGAACUUACUCAGGUGCCCAUUUAUACUCUUUGGGUACAGAGGCGCAAUUAAAUGAGACAUUACUUUGGUGCCCAUUUAUACUCUCUUGAGUACAGAGGCACAACUAAAUUAGAACUUAGGUGCCCAUUUAUAUUCAUUGAGCACAGAGGCACAACUAAAUGAGAACCUGCGCAGGUGACCAUUGAUACUCAUUUGGUACAAAGGCACAACUAAAUGAGAACCUGCGCAGGUGACCAUUGAUACUCAUUUGGUACAAAGGCACAACUAAAUGAGAACCUGCGCAGGUGCCCUGGGCCAUUUACACUCUUCAGUACAAAAGCAAACUUUGACAAAGUGUCUAUUCCAAAGACAAAAUCGUAGUAGCCAGUAUUUGUCUCAAAUUUAUGACCAUUUGUUCGGAAACACAGACUUACUGCAGCCCCAAACACUCAUUUUUGGUUAUUAAGUUCAAACAAAAUCAGUUUUUUGGGUGGAUCUUAAUAAAUGCGGUGUAAAACUAUCCUCAAAUAGUAUGAGUCGCCUUGAAGUGAGAUUGGCUUGGUUGUAUUGAAGUGUACAUUAUAAUACAAUGCCUCAACUCAUGUUUUUGAUUUAAUCCAGUUGUCUGCUUGACUCAACUCAAUUUCGUCUUAAAGCAAUCAUGGUCUUGAGUCAUGUAAACUAACAGAGGUAUAUUUUUUCAAAUGAUUCAUACACAUGCUUUAAAUAAGGAGACUGUCACCCAAUUCGUUCCAAGGAACAUUAAAUUUAAUUGAUUGAUUGAAAUUAUUCAAUGCUUAACAUGCACAAACAAUAUAAGAAAUGAUUAUAGAACAAGAAAAUUAAAAAUUAAUUAUCAGGAAUGUCCAUUAGGCUGGGUGCAGCCCAUUUCCAAUGGAGCCCUACAUUUAUUAGUCACAUGAUGACAAACCACAAUUAUAGAAGUUUAAAUGAAUAUAGAAUGUUUGUUAAAACAAUUGAAGAGUUGACUUUUAAUGCUAUUAUUGUAGACCCAUUAUAUAAGAUCAUCAAUAAAAAAAUUUUCUCUGAAAA